AUGAAGCUCAACAACAAGGGGACGGUCCCCGUGUACACCAUCGCGGGCGCGGAGACUGCCCGACCUCUACCAGAAUGGCUGGCUCGGAAACGGAAGCGCAGUCUGAAGAAAGACGCUGAGUAUGCGAACCGGGUCGAACUGCUGCAGGACUUCGAAUUCGAAGAAGCCAGCUCCUGCGUGCGUGUGAGCGAGGAUGGCGAGUGGGUGAUGAGCACCGGCACAUACAAACCGCAGAUACAUACCCACUACCUCCCACACCUAUCUCUAUCUUACGCUCGCCACACCAACGCCCUAAACCAGAAAUUUGUAUUAUUAUCCUCCGAUUAUAGCAAAUCAUUACACCUUCAAUCAGACCGAUUCCUCGAAUUCCACACUCCUGGUGGACUCCACUACUCAACUCGAAUACCGCGGUAUGGACGAGACUUGAUUUACAACAGAAGGACUGCAGAAGCACUCGUACCCGCAGUGGGUGUAAACGCAGAUGAAAAUGGGGAGGUGUUCAGGCUCAAUCUGGAAGUUGGGCGGUUCAUGAAAGGAUACGAGGUUGACGUUGGUGGCGAUGACCUGAAUUCGUUUGGUGGAGGAGCGCUACAAGGAGGUAUCAACGCAGGUGCUGUGAACUGUGCUGCAGUCGCGGAUCAGAGUCAUGGCCUGCUCGCUUUCGGCACAUCUAUUGGCACAGUCGAAUUUUGGGAUUCAAGGUCAAGAAAUCGAGUCAGUGUCUUGGGGCCUCCGACGUCGACAUCGGAAGCGGAUCUGGACAUUCGACCGGAAAUUACGGCUCUAGCAUUUCACCAUUCAGGACUGAAUCUGGCAACUGGCAACAGCAGAGGCAUAGUCAGAACGUAUGAUCUUCGAUCACCAGUUCCGUUACUGGAAAAAUCACAGGGCUACGAUCAACCGAUACGGACACUCUCCUAUUUAAACUCACCUCUUGCAUCGGGCAAGAUUCUCAGCGCGGACAAGAAAGGCAUCAAGCUUUGGGAAGCCGAGUCCGGUGACUACUGGACUGGCAUCGAACCAGUUGUGGAUCUCAACUACGUUGAAUGGGUACCCGACAGUGGCAUGCUGCUCACAGCAAACGAAGGCCGACAACAACAUGCCUUCUUCAUUCCGCAACUUGGACCUGCUCCAAAAUGGUGUGCAUUCUUGGACAACCUAGUCGAAGAAAUGGCCGAAGAUGAGAACGACCCAAACGCCUUCAAGUCGAACGGUGCAUCCGCAGGAGAAGUAUACGACAACUACAAGUUCCUCGACAUGAAGCAGCUGCGCGAACUCAGCUUGGAUCACUUGAUAGGGACGACCAAUCUGCUGAGGCCCUAUAUGCACGGAUAUUUCGUUGCGCAGAAGCUGUAUGAACAGGCGCGACUGCUCACGAAUCCGGAUAUCGCCGAGCAGCAAAGGCAGAAGAGCAUACAGGAGAAGAUCGAUAAGGAGCGCGAAAGCAGGAUCCGAGGCAGCAAGAAGGUGGCUGUCAAGGUCAACAGGAAGUACGCCGAGAAACUUGCCGCCCAAGAAGAGGCGAACCAGAGAAGAAAAGCACAGAGAGUACUCAAACAAGGCGGCGACGAGCCACAAGCACAGGCGACUGCGACGAAGGACCAAGAAGGUGCCGAAGAGAAACCAGCGGAAAAGAGUUUGCUGGACGAUCGAUUCAAAGCCGUCUUCGAAAACGAAGACUUCGAAAUCGACGAGGAAAGCCGAGAGUUCGCGCUACUCAACCCAUCCUCUGUACCAGACGCUGCCGCUCCCAAGAAGAGAGGUCUCACAGCCGUCGAAGAGGAAGACCUGGACGAAGGUCGCAAAGGCAGUUCAGACGAGGACGAUGAAUCAGAAGACGAGGCGCCGUCACGACCACUCCGGAAACCACACGAGUUCGCCGACUCGAAAGGCCGUAUUGGCUCGACAUCCUACAAGAAGUCCGGCAAGGAGCGUCAAGAGCGAGGCCCCAAGAUGCGUGUAUCGUCUUCCACACAAAACGCCCAGCCCCAGCAGCGGAGGGACAGAUCGUUUGGUGAUCUGGCAUCUUCUCUACCAAGCCGGCAAAGAAAGACUGGUGGAGGCGGGUUUGGUGACGACAGACCGUUUGGAGAAAAGGAGAUCACGUUUGAGCCCUCGAAUUCGCAGAAGAAGAAUCGGCGGGCGCAGAGCAAUGGAGAUGGCGGUGGUGGGGAUGACAAUGGGAGGAAAGUCUCGAGAGGGAAGGAGAGGAGAAGUGCUUCUGGAAACGUGUUUAGACGGAUGUAA